UAGAGAUAGACAGCGGUAUCAUCCAAUAGGCGUGAAGCCAAGGCCGGUAUGAGCCAAUGCGGUCGGGAGGCGGGGCUCGGGUGUGUGUCGAGGAGACCCUGUGGUUAGCAGCCGCUAUCGCAGCGUCGGAUGUGCAGAGCAGCAGCCGCCGGCGUCCUCGGAUGUUGUGUUACCCGCCAUCAUGAGCUACACAGGCUUUGUCCAGGGAUCUGAAACCACUUUGCAAUCGACAUACUCGGAUACCAGCGCUCAGCCCACCUGUGAUUAUGGAUAUGGAACUUGGAACUCUGGGACAAAUAGAGGCUACGAGGGCUAUGGCUAUGGCUAUGGCUAUGGCCAGGAUAACACCACCAACUAUGGAAUUAACCAGCGCUUAGAUAUGGUGCCGCAUUUGGAGACAGACAUGAUGCAAGGAGGCGUGUACAGCUCAGGUGGAGAAAGGUAUGACUCCUAUGAGUCCUGUGACUCAAGGGCCGUCCUGAGUGAGCGCGACCUGUACCGGUCAGGCUAUGACUACAGCGAGCUUGACCCUGAGAUGGAAAUGGCCUAUGAGGGCCAAUACGAUGCCUACCGCGACCAGUUCCGCAUGCGUGGCAACGACACCUUCGGUCCCAGGGCGCAGGGCUGGGCCCGGGAUGCCCGGAGCGGCCGGCCGAUGGCCUCAGGCUAUGGGCGCAUGUGGGAAGACCCCAUGGGGGCCCGGGGCCAGUGCAUGUCUGGUGCCUCUCGGCUGCCCUCCCUCUUCUCCCAGAACAUCAUCCCCGAGUAUGGCAUGUUCCAGGGCAUGCGAGGCGGGGGUGCCUUCCCAGGCGGCUCCCGCUUUGGCUUCGGGUUUGGCAAUGGCAUGAAGCAGAUGAGGCGGACCUGGAAGACUUGGACCACAGCCGACUUCCGGACCAAGAAGAAGAAGAGAAAACAGAGCGGCAGUCCUGAUGAGCCGGAUAGCAAAGCCACCCGCACGGACUGCUCGGACAACAGUGACUCAGACAAUGAUGAGGGCACCGAGGGGGAAGCCACAGAGGGCCUUGAAGGCACCGAGGCUGUGGAGAAGGGCUCCAGAGUGGAUGGAGAGGACGAGGAGGGAAAAGAGGAUGGGAGAGAAGAAGGCAAAGAGGAUUCAGAGAAGGGGGCCCUGACCACUCAGGAUGAGAAUGGCCAGACCAAGCGCAAGUUACAGGCAGGCAAGAAGAGUCAGGACAAGCAGAAAAAGCGGCAGCGAGACCGCAUGGUGGAAAGGAUCCAGUUUGUGUGUUCUCUCUGCAAAUACCGGACCUUCUAUGAGGAUGAGAUGGCCAGCCAUCUUGACAGCAAGUUCCACAAGGAACACUUCAAGUACGUAGGCACCAAGCUCCCUAAGCAGACGGCUGACUUUCUGCAGGAGUACGUCACCAACAAGACCAAGAAGACAGAGGAGCUCCGAAAAACUGUAGAGGACCUUGAUGGCCUCAUCCAGCAAAUCUACAGAGACCAGGAUCUGACCCAGGAAAUUGCCAUGGAGCAUUUUGUGAAGAAGGUAGAGGCAGCCCAUUGUGCAGCCUGCGACCUCUUCAUUCCCAUGCAGUUUGGGAUCAUCCAGAAGCACCUGAAGACCAUGGAUCACAACCGGAACCGCAGGCUCAUGAUGGAGCAGUCCAAGAAGUCCUCGCUCAUGGUGGCCCGCAGUAUUCUCAACAACAAGCUCAUCAGCAAGAAGCUGGAGCGCUACCUGAAGGGCGAGAACCCUUUCACCGACAGCCCCGAGGAGGAGAAGGAGCAGGAGGAGGCUGAGGGCGGUGCCCUGGACGAGGGGGCACAGGGCGAAGCGGCAGGGGUCUCGGAGGGUGUAGAGGGCGCACGCCGCGGUGGGCUUCAUGGGGGGCGCCUUGGGCUGUGCGGGCCGUUUCUGUCCCUCACCUUCGGCGGGGCCCUUCCGGCUCCCGGCGACCCCGGGGUUUGCACUCCCGGCUUCCUCUUCCGAAGACGCCACAAAAUGGCGGCGCUAGGGGGCGGAGCUACAGCGUGGGGUCCUGAGGUCGGGCUCCGGGCGCUGGGUCUGGGGCCACUGGUGGACCGCUGGGGCCGCCUCUCCUGA